UUGUCUCAAAUCCUCCCUGGUUUCCUUUUACGCCGCCUUGUUAUUUAUUUAUUUCCUUUUAAUUUAAGGGGUAUAUUUUAUAUAUCCGUCUUUUUCAGCAAGUGAAUGACAGUCGGCUCUGAUACAUAUAUGCCUAAGAGCAAAGCCCCGAAAAUGGACGACCUGGACUACAUCCCGGCUGAUCUGAGCCCAGAGGAGCGAGCGGAGCUGGAGGAGAUCCGGCGGAGGAAAGGCGCGCUGCUGCUGGAGAUCCAGAGGCUGCGUGAGGAGCUGCGAGAAGCCAUGAUGGAGGUGGAAGGGCUGGAGAACAGCACAGAGGGCAGCAAAACCCUCCAGAAGAGUCGGCAUGUGGCGAUGGGGAGAAAGAAAUUCAACAUGGACCCCAAAAAGGGUAUUGCGUUCCUCGUGGACAACGAGCUGCUGCGUCACACUCCAGAGGAAAUCGCUCAGUUCCUAUAUAAAGGGGAGGGGCUUAACAAAACGGCCAUCGGAGACUACCUGGGCGAGAGAGAUGAGUUCAACAUUCGUGUUCUGCAGGCAUUUGUUGACCUCCAUGAAUUUACAGAUCUCAACCUGGUUCAGGCUCUCAGGCAGUUCCUGUGGAGUUUCCGUUUGCCAGGCGAAGCCCAGAAGAUUGACAGAAUGAUGGAAGCGUUCGCACAGAGAUACUGUCACUGUAACCCCGGAGUGUUUCAGAGCACUGACACCUGUUACGUGCUGUCGUUUGCGAUCAUCAUGCUGAACACCAGCCUCCACAAUCCCAACGUGCGAGACAAACCCACAGUGGAGCGAUUCAUCAGCAUGAAUCGGGGAAUCAACGAGGGUGGAGACCUGCCUGAGGAUCUGCUUCGAAACCUAUAUGACAGCAUUAAGAACGAGCCGUUCAAAAUCCCAGAGGAUGAUGGGAACGAUCUGACUCACACUUUUUUCAACCCAGACCGAGAGGGCUGGUUGCUUAAACUGGGAGGGCGUGUGAAAACAUGGAAAAGGAGAUGGUUUAUUCUGACCGAUAACUGCCUGUAUUAUUUUGAGUACACUACAGAUAAGGAGCCGAGAGGAAUCAUCCCCCUGGAGAACCUGAGCAUUCGGGAAGUUGAGGAUCCGCGCAAACCUAACUGCUUCGAGCUUUACAUCCCCAAUAACCGGGGGCAGCUCAUUAAGGCGUGUAAGACUGAAGCUGACGGACGAGUGGUGGAGGGCAAUCACAUGGUCUACCGAAUCUCCGCCCCGACGCCGGAGGAAAAGGACGAAUGGAUCCACAGCAUCAAGUCGGCAGUGAGCGUGGACCCUUUCUACGAGAUGCUGGCUGCAAGGAAGAAGCGCAUCUCCUUGAAGAAGAAAGAAGAGCAGGCUUAAGACCGUUCUUCUUCUUCUUCUUCUAGUUCUCAUCCCUUCAUCCUUCGUUCAUUCCUCCAUCAUCUACACCUCAUUAUUUAUCCCUCCUCCAAGGACUGUUUACUGGAGGAUGGGGCCAACGUGAGCUUCAGUGUUUUGUUCACUCCUGUGCUUGUGCCCUCCAGCAGAGUGUUCACUACUUUACCCCACUCAGGCUAGGCCCCCUUUGUGAGGAAAAAACUAGCAGGAAGUGUUAUUAACAGGAAGUGUUGGUCCAGAGCAUACGUACACACUACUGCUGUCUCUGUACACUGUUGGGUGAGGAUGGAAGGAUGACCCAAAGAUCGUCCUCGUCGCGUCACACGUCCUAGUACUGAUUUUAUUCGUUACUGUCCGUAAGCGUGCACAUUACCAUUCGUACACACUACUAGUGCUGGACACUACUUUCAAUACACACCACUUAAGUACCUGCUACAAUCCCUCCACACUACUUGUGCUUACUACUGCUGUUCUUCCUGCAGGUCUUCCUCUCUCCUCAAGAAGAUACUGUGAACCGAUCUUUUACUGAAACACUGAUACACACCCACAAGUCACUUAUCACACGAGUUUGACAUCAUCAUCAUCAUCGUUAUCUUCUUAGAUCAUCACCAUUGUCUUAUUUUUAUUCACUUUCUUUUAAAGACACACAAAGGGACUAGUGUCUAGGGAUUAAGUCGCUCGAGCUUUCUUUUUAACACGCUGGCGCUCUGAAUGACUUAUAAUGACACCAUAUGAUCAUUAAUAUACUGAGUACUUACAAGAAUAAUAAUAAUUGUGCACUACACUUUAAGGGUAUGAAGUAAUAACUCGUGGACCCUAUAUAUUGUUUUAUUAUUCCCAGCCAAAGGGAUUCAUUUCCCUGCGCUACAAAGUACACAACAAUAACAGCUCAUACACCAACUAUAUUCCCAACAGAUAGAUUAUUCCCAUUUGGAAUUCAGCUGACUCAUCCCUGCUCAUUAGCUUUAUCAGACAGAAAGCUCAUUGUUAUUUAUGCAGCAUAUAUCCGCUUCAGACAUAAAUGUCCCGUAGAUAUACGCAGCUGUGAAACAAGCGUCCCUCGCUCUCGCAGGACGCUUUCGUUUUGCUCGGGAUCGUGCCUGUAAAAGGCUUUUGUUUUAUUUUCAUCAAAUGCUGUCGCUGCCAAAUAAUCACCCCACAGGGAUCCAAAAGAAUGCCGAUGAACUCUCUUCCUGUUAAAAAACAGGAAAUCGGCGCUUCUGGGGCGUGACGGCGUGAGCACGGCUGUUUGAAUAGGUCCAUUUAUUCCGAUAUGCGGGAAAGUAAAGGUCUAAAAGUAGAGUUAGGUUUACGCCCUGAUUGCAAGAACAAAGGCAUGCCACAUAAAUCUAGAAGCAGAUUUAUUAAAGCCUAGACACUGGACUGGUUAGUUUAUAGUGAGAACUUUCUAAACAUACCUCUGUGGAGUUAUUUUUCUGUCAAGUAAUCAUAUGGGAAUGUGAGGAUGAGCAAUUUUAUGCAUUGCAAAUCUGAUUCGGUUUAGGUUCUUAGUGUAUUUUUUCAUGUGAUACACCACUAAACUCCGUGUAUUCACACGUUUACACCACACGGGGGCGGGGGCGAGAUACAAGUUACACACAAAAAAACGUAUUUAUGUUUACACAUCAAUCAUGAGACACUUUUACUGAAACAACUCACCAUUGUUACAUUUUGAGCUGUGGGGGCGGGACCGAGAUAAGCUACACACUGCAAAUCGCAAACGUUAACGUAAACUACAAGGAUGCGUAACAAAACAAACACAAUCGUAACGAAAUGUAAACUAAAGAAGAGAGUUUAGUUCAACUUAAUUUGUAAAUGUAACAUAGCAUUCCAACAUCGUCUACAAGCGUAAAAAUAGCAGUGAAGCAUAAACUACAAACAUAAUGCAGUAAUUAAUAUAGUAGAAUGAAAUAGUAAUAACACGUAAACUACAGACAUAUCCGUGAGGUGCAAACAACAAAAAUAACAGUAAUGAAACUACACACAAAAUGGAUCACAACGAACAAAAUUCUAAAGAAACGGAAAAUACAAGUGUAAAAUUGUAGCAAAAUAUAAACUACUAACAAAAAAAUAUAACAUUGCAACAAAAAAUUGUAGCGAAGCGUAAACUACGAACAUGAAUGUCAUCAAAGCGUAAACUACGAACAUGAAACAAAAACUACAAACAUAAAAUAGCGAUGGAAUGUAAAUAACGUUCAUAACGUCAAUGACAGAAUUGUAAUGAUCCGCAAACUACGAACAUAAAAUAGUAAUACGACAUAAACUACAAACUCAACAUAGUAAUGAAACUCAACGUUUGAAAUCAAUACAAAUGAAAUCAAAGCCGUAGUUUUUUUUAAAUUAAAUUUUUUAUGUAAUUUCCACGUCACAUUUCCAUACCAUUGCUUUAGACAGGAAACGGACUCCAUACAUGUCUUAAGCACAUUAGCGUUAGCAUGGGUCGUGUCCACUGACACGCUAGUUCACUCUGAUGUGGGCUAUGAAGGAGUUUUAUGGCAGCUUAACGUAUUACACGUCGUCGUUACCACUUUGUAAAUACGUUUUGUUUUGUUUCAUUUUGUUUCCUGACACGUGUAACGUAAAUUUUAUUGUUUCGUUUAAUUUUUUAAAAAAAUGUAUUGUUUUUUUAUUUUGAUUAAUAAAUCAUUUUCAUCGUCAUGGACUGGGGAUGCAUGUGUGCCUGCCGAAUCAGAUACGAUCGUAUCGGCUUUGUUCAUAUCAAGAGAUUAUUAUUAGCGCUCCAUAUUUUAACCGACUUCUACGUACUAAUUUUAGCGUUAGCAAUUACGGUUCUAAGAAAGAAAGAAAGAAAGAAAGAAAAAAAUAAACCAUCUGUGAUUAAUGUGAGAAUUAAUAUGGAACGCUAAUAUUUCUCUUCAGCAAUUAGCCUUGUGUUUUAAGCUACUAAUUAAUGAGAAUGAAAUGUAGCUGUGUACUUUUUGCUUGAUUUUUUUUUUGUUUGUUUGUUUCCUGUUCCCUGUUAAUAUGAAGUGCUGCGUUAUUAUAAUAAUAAAAAAAAGAAAGUAUAAAUAUAGCGUAGCCAUGUCUGAAGUUAGAUAGAAUCUGUAUUAAAUAAAAGGUCUGUGUCCGGUGUUUCUGUAUCGAAGUGCCCUACAUGGAGUGUUACGUUAUGGCUUAUGUGUCCUAGGUAUUGCACUACAUGCCGUUUGGGAUUCGCACUUUUAUUAUUUUUAUUAUUAUUAUUAUUAUACCUUUUUUUUUGACUGAAUGAUGUAAUAAACAGGAGAUCAUCUCUUAAUGUAGCAAAGAAACAACACAAGGUUACAAAUGUGUACUGUUGCCAGACAAUAAAGUUCAAGACAACAUUAUAA